GCAUAACGGAGCCCAUAUCCUUGGGAGGGCCAACGGAGUUCGAUGUGAUCAAGACCCGCGAGCUUGAAAAGUAUUUGCAAGAUGUCAAUUUGUAUGAGAGUCAAGAGGAGGCUGUUAGUAGAGAGGAAGUGCUUGGGAGACUAGACCAGAUUGUGAAGACUUGGGUUAAGAAAAUUAGCCGUGCGAAAGGGUUGAAUGAGCAACUGGUGCUAGAAGCAAAUGCCAAGAUAUUUACCUUUGGUUCUUAUCGGCUCGGGGUGCAUGGUCCUGGAGCGGAUAUAGACACACUUUGUGUUGGACCUAGGCAUGCAACAAGAGAGGAAGACUUCUUUGGUGAGCUACAUCAGAUGCUUUCAGAUAUGCCUGAAGUAACAGAAUUGCACCCUGUGCCUGAUGCUCAUGUCCCAGUGAUGAGAUUCAAAUUUAGUGGUGUUUCUAUAGAUCUUCUUUAUGCAAGACUCUCUCUUUGGGUCAUUCCUGAGGACUUAGAUAUUUCUCAAGACUCAAUACUACAGAAUGCCGAUGAACAGACAGUUCGUAGUCUCAAUGGCUGCAGAGUUACUGACCAAAUUCUGCGUUUGGUUCCUAAUAUUCAGAAUUUCCGGACAACAUUGAGAUGCAUGAGAUAUUGGGCAAAGCGUCGUGGUGUCUAUUCCAAUGUUGCAGGAUUUCUUGGUGGUAUAAAUUGGGCAUUGCUUGUGGCUCGUAUAUGUCAGCUAUAUCCUAAUGCUCUGCCCAAUAUGUUGGUAUCUCGGUUCUUCAGGGUUUAUACCCAGUGGCGUUGGCCAAAUCCAGUAAUGCUCUGUGCUAUAGAGGGAGGAUCGCUUGGUCUUCAAGUUUGGGAUCCUCGACGAAAUCCAAAGGAUAGGUACCAUUUGAUGCCUAUAAUUACCCCUGCUUAUCCUUGUAUGAACUCCAGCUACAAUGUGUCAGCGAGCACUCUGCGAAUUAUGACGGAUGAAUUUCAGAGGGGGCAUGAAAUCUGUGAGGCUAUGGAGAAAAGUGAAGUUGAUUGGGAUACCCUUUUUGAGUCUUACGCUUUUUUUGAAGCAUACAAAAAUUAUCUACAGAUAGAUGUCUCUGCAGAAAAUGCUGAUGACUUGAGAAAGUGGAAAGGCUGGGUUGAGUCUCGCCUCCGUCAGCUCACAUUGAAGAUUGAGAGGCAUACUUACAAUAUGCUUCAAUGCCACCCGCACCCAGGAGAUUUUUCUGAUAAGUCAAAACCUUUUCAUUGCUCUUAUUUCAUGGGUUUGCAACGGAAACAAGGGGUUCCAGUUAAUGAAGGCGAACAAUUUGAUAUUAGGUUAACUGUGGAAGAGUUUAAGCACUCUGUCAACAUGUACACAUUGUGGAAACCUGGAAUGGAGAUCCGUGUAAUCCAUGUUAAACGUAGGAGUUUACCUAAUUUUGUAUUCCCUGGUGGUGUUCGACCUUCCCGUCCAUCAAAAGGGACUUGGGAGAGUAGGAGGGUUUCAGAAAAGGUUCCAAACCAUGCUAAAUCAGACGGAGUAGAUGAUGGAAAGAAGAGAAAGCGGGUGGAUGAUACUGUAGAUGGUGACUUGAGAACUAGUAAGUGCUUUGCUUGUCUGCCUUCAACUAGUGGGGAAGUUUGUGAGGGUAGCCCUCCUUUAAGUACCAUGAGUUCAUCUUCUUUAAAUUUAAAGGUUGUUCAUAUGGAGGCAAAUGGGUUUGAGGAAUCAAGUAGAGAAAUAGCCCAAAAUAAUUAUUCUGAGGGCUUAAGGAAUUUAGCAGAGGAUUCUUCUCUGAAUGGGGAUGUAGGUGGAUCGUUGACAUGUGAUUUCACCGAUCCUUCCAGUAAAGCCUUAUCAGCAGAUACAUCAAGCAUGAAAGAGGCUGAGAAGCUUGCUAUUGAGAAGAUUAUGUCUGGUCCUUAUGUUGCUCAUCAAGCUAUUCCACAAGAAUUUGAUGAGCUUGAAGAUGAUCCCGAACUAAAAAAUAAAGUCAAAGAUAUUGGGGUUAACACACAGGCCAGCUCUGUGGAGUCCUUGACAGUAAAUGCAAGCGUAGCAGCAACAGUAACAUCUAUCAAUGGAGGUGGUCCUUCCACUGCUUUAUGCUCUAAUGGGGGCUUGGAGGAGCUUGAGCCUGCUGAACUUACGGUGCCACUCUCGAAUGGGAUUCAUCCUGCACCUGUGCCACAGCGAAAGCCAGUAAUCAGGUUGAGCUUCACCUCCUUGAAUAAAGUGGCUGGGAAAAGCACAUGAAGGGAUUUUAAGUAUCAGCUGAAGCAAGGCUGGUGACGGUCUACUGUUCAAAUCUUUGUGUAUAAUAAGAGCUUAAACAUGAAUUCUUUUUUUUUUUUUUUUCCCUACUUUUGUAAUAAUAAACUUAUGUAGUUAAUAAAUCUUGAGUUAACAUAUCUUUUUCUUUUUUCUAUUAUGUACCUGUAAUGUGUAUUUUUAUUUU